GAAUAUUUUUGACACUUGGUGUACUCUGGGGGUUUGAAAAGGUUUCGCUACAAGUGUGCAUCGAGCUGGUCUUAAACUUUUGGGCUGUAACAAAACGUAAAAAAUUGUAGAUGCAGCAAAAAUAGUUUGAGUUUUUUUUGACUCAGUUUAACAGGAACUGACCAUAAAAGAAACUCCACCUCUUUGGUUGCAUGAAGAAACAUAAAACAUCGCUUGUCGUUACCUCAUGAGGUUCCUUGUGAGAAGAAAGGAGCAGUGAAUGUUGUAAUUAGCAUCAAACUGAUUUACAUCUUAAGGACCAGGAUGAUGAAUCUUCACCUCACUUUAACACUCGUCGGUGUUCUUAGAGCUUCUCUGCUGGCUGAUGGUGCUAACAUACGACUCACUGGUGGCAAUGACUCCUGCUCUGGUAGAGUGGAGAUCCUGUAUAAUGGUCAGUGGGGAACAGUGUGUGAUGACGACUGGGACCUGAAAGAUGCAGAGGUGGUGUGUAGACAGAUUGGAUGUGGUAAAGCUGUCACUGCUCAUCAAAGUGCCCACUUUGGUCAGGGAAGUGGUGAAAUAUGGCUGGAUGAUGUUCAGUGUUCUGGAAGUGAAAGCACCAUCACACAGUGCUCUCACAGAGGAUUUGGAACACACAACUGUGGCCAUAGUGAAGAUGCUGGUGUUACAUGCUCAGGUAGCAUACGACUUAUUGGUGGCAGUCACCCCUGCUCUGGCAGAGUGGAGAUCCUGCAUAAUGACCAGUGGGGAACAGUGUGUGAUGACAACUGGGACCUGAAUGAUGCAGAGGUGGUGUGUAGACAGAUUGGAUGUGGUAAAGCAGUCACUGCUAAUAACGGUGCAAACUUUGGUCAGGGAAGUGGUGAAAUAUUGAUGGAUGAAGUUAAGUGUUCUGGAAGUGAAAGCACCAUCACACAGUGCUCUCAUAAUGGAUUUGGAAAACACGACUGCAAACAUACUGAAGAUGCUGGUGUUACUUGCUCAGUCCGAGAGAUCAGGCUGGUGAAUGGUCCGAGUCAAUGUUGUGGUCGAGUGGAGAUCCAGCACAGAGCCCAGUGGGGAACAGUGUGUGAUGAUAACUGGGACUUAAGGGAUGCAGAGGUGGUGUGUAGGCAGCUUGGAUGUGGUAAAGCCAUCAGCGCUCCUGGAAAGUCCCACUUUGGUCAGGGAAGUGAACCAACCUGGCUGGGUAAUGUUCAGUGUAAAGGAACUGAGCGCUACAUAGAUCAGUGUUCACACAGAGGAUUUGGAGUAAAGAACUGUGGACAUGAUUCAGAUGCAGGUGUCAUUUGCUCAAACCUGCAGAGUCCAACACUGACUCGGAUCUCCCCAAACUCUGUGGUCUCACUUGGAGAAGUCCUUCAGUUCACAUGUACCACACCCAGUCCAUCAUGCAUCUCUGUAGGGUUCAGUUUGUAUAAAACUGGGACAUUGAUAAAGACACAAACUGCAGAGACUACAACAACAUUUACUCUGACUGUAGAUGCCUCACAUCAGGGUCAGUACACCUGUGACUACUCAUACAAGGAAAGUGUCUCCACAUCAUCCAGGAGCAACUCCAUUAACAUCAUUUUUGUGAACUUGCAGCAGCCCAAUAUCUCCUUCAUUGCUGUUGAUGGAUCGUACCACUAUGGGCCUGAAAGACUAGAAAUGAUCAGGGGCUAUGGCUUCUCCAUCAUCUGCUCCACUGAACCUCAGUAUACAGGAGGUUCCUUCCACUUAAGGUUUAGUGGAUCCAACAUCACCAGAACUCAGUCAGCUGUUAACCACUCAGCUGUCUUCCUUUUUCCUGAAGCAGAUUUUGAUCAUCAGGGAAACUACAGCUGUACUUAUGAAGUUAAAGUGUCUUCACGUACCUUUACCUCCAUGACCACUGAACCCCUUUUUGUUGCUGUUAAAGAUGGUGCUAACAUACGACUCACUGGUGGCAAGGGCUCCUGCUCUGGUAGAGUGGAGAUCCUGCAUAUUGGUCAGUGGGGAACAGUGUGUGACGACGACUGGGACCUGAAUGAUGCAGAGGUGGUGUGUAGACAGAUUGGAUGUGGUAAAGCUGUCACUGCUCAUCAAAGUGCCCACUUUGGUAAGGGAAGUGGUCAAAUAUGGCUGGAUAAUGUUCAGUGUUCUGGAAGUGAAAGCACCAUCACACAGUGCUCUCACAGAGGAUUUGGAACACACAACUGUGGCCAUGGUGAAGAUGCUGGUGUUACUUGCUCAGUGAACUUGCAGCAGCCCAAUAUCUCCUUCAUUGCUGUUGAUGGAUCAUACCACUAUGGGCCUGAAAGACCAGAAAUGAUCAGGGGCUAUGGCUUCUCCAUCAUCUGCUCCACUGAACCUCAGUAUACAGGAGGUUCCUUCCACUUAAGGUUUAGUGGAUCCAACAUCACCAGAACUCAGUCAGCUCUUAACCACUCAGCUGUCUUCCUUUUUCCUGAAGCAGAUUUUGAUCAUCAGGGAAACUACAGCUGUACUUAUGAAGUUAAAGUGUCUUCACGUACCUUUACCUCCAUGACCACUGAACCCCUUUUUGUUGCUGUUAAAGAUGGUGCUAACAUACGACUCACUGGUGGCAAGGGCUCCUGCUCUGGUAGAGUGGAGAUCCUGCAUAUUGGUCAGUGGGGAACAGUGUGUGACGACGACUGGGACCUGAAUGAUGCAGAGGUGGUGUGUAGACAGAUUGGAUGUGGUAAAGCUGUCACUGCUCAUCAAAGUGCCCACUUUGGUAAGGGAAGUGGUCAAAUAUGGCUGGAUAAUGUUCAGUGUUCUGGAAGUGAAAGCACCAUCACACAGUGCUCUCACAGAGGAUUUGGAACACACAACUGUGGCCAUGGUGAAGAUGCUGGUGUUACUUGCUCAGUGAACUUGCAGCAGCCCAAUAUCUCCUUCAUUGCUGUUGAUGGAUCGUACCACUAUGGGCCUGAAAGACUAGAAAUGAUCAGGGGCUAUGGCUUCUCCAUCAUCUGCUCCACUGAACCUCAGUAUACAGGAGGUUCCUUCCACUUAAGGUUUAGUGGAUCCAACAUCACCAGAACUCAGUCAGCUGUUAACCACUCAGCUGUCUUCCUUUUUCCUGAAGCAGAUUUUGAUCAUCAGGGAAACUACAGCUGUACUUAUGAAGUUAAAGUGUCUUCACGUACCUUUACCUCCAUGACCACUGAACCCCUUUUUGUUGCUGUUAAAGAUGGUGCUAACAUACGACUCACUGGUGGCAAGGGCUCCUGCUCUGGUAGAGUGGAGAUCCUGCAUAUUGGUCAGUGGGGAACAGUGUGUGACGACGACUGGGACCUGAAUGAUGCAGAGGUGGUGUGUAGACAGAUUGGAUGUGGUAAAGCUGUCACUGCUCAUCAAAGUGCCCACUUUGGUAAGGGAAGUGGUCAAAUAUGGCUGGAUAAUGUUCAGUGUUCUGGAAGUGAAAGCACCAUCACACAGUGCUCUCACAGAGGAUUUGGAACACACAACUGUGGCCAUGGUGAAGAUGCUGGUGUUACUUGCUCAGUGAACUUGCAGCAGCCCAAUAUCUCCUUCAUUGCUGUUGAUGGAUCGUACCACUAUGGGCCUGAAAGACCAGAAAUGAUCAGGGGCUAUGGCUUCUCCAUCAUCUGCUCCACUGAACCUCAGUAUACAGGAGGUUCCUUCCACUUAAGGUUUAGUGGAUCCAACAUCACCAGAACUCAGUCAGCUCUUAACCACUCAGCUGUCUUCCUUUUUCCUGAAGCAGAUUUUGAUCAUCAGGGAAACUACAGCUGUACUUAUGAAGUUAAAGUGUCUUCACGUACCUUUACCUCCAUGACCACUGAACCCCUUUUUGUUGCUGUUAAAGAUGGUGCUAACAUACGACUCACUGGUGGCAAGGGCUCCUGCUCUGGUAGAGUGGAGAUCCUGCAUAUUGGUCAGUGGGGAACAGUGUGUGACGACGACUGGGACCUGAAUGAUGCAGAGGUGGUGUGUAGACAGAUUGGAUGUGGUAAAGCUGUCAGUGCUCAUCAAAGUGCCCACUUUGGUAAGGGAAGUGGUCAAAUAUGGCUGGAUAAUGUUCAGUGUUCUGGAAGUGAAAGCACCAUCACACAGUGCUCUCACAGAGGAUUUGGAACACACAACUGUGGCCAUGGUGAAGAUGCUGGUGUUACUUGCUCAGUGAACUUGCAGCAGCCCAAUAUCUCCUUCAUUGCUGUUGAUGGAUCGUACCACUAUGGGCCUGAAAGACUAGAAAUGAUCAGGGGCUAUGGCUUCUCCAUCAUCUGCUCCACUGAACCUCAGUAUACAGGAGGUUCCUUCCACUUAAGGUUUAGUGGAUCCAACAUCACCAGAACUCAGUCAGCUGUUAACCACUCAGCUGUCUUCCUUUUUCCUGAAGCAGAUUUUGAUCAUCAGGGAAACUACAGCUGUACUUAUGAAGUUAAAGUGUCUUCACGUACCUUUACCUCCAUGACCACUGAACCCCUUUUUGUUGCUGUUAAAGAUGGUGCUAACAUACGACUCACUGGUGGCAAGGGCUCCUGCUCUGGUAGAGUGGAGAUCCUGCAUAUUGGUCAGUGGGGAACAGUGUGUGACGACGACUGGGACCUGAAUGAUGCAGAGGUGGUGUGUAGACAGAUUGGAUGUGGUAAAGCUGUCACUGCUCAUCAAAGUGCCCACUUUGGUAAGGGAAGUGGUCAAAUAUGGCUGGAUAAUGUUCAGUGUUCUGGAAGUGAAAGCACCAUCACACAGUGCUCUCACAGAGGAUUUGGAACACACAACUGUGGCCAUGGUGAAGAUGCUGGUGUUACUUGCUCAGUGAACUUGCAGCAGCCCAAUAUCUCCUUCAUUGCUGUUGAUGGAUCGUACCACUAUGGGCCUGAAAGACCAGAAAUGAUCAGGGGCUAUGGCUUCUCCAUCAUCUGCUCCACUGAACCUCAGUAUACAGGAGGUUCCUUCCACUUAAGGUUUAGUGGAUCCAACAUCACCAGAACUCAGUCAGCUGUUAACCACUCAGCUGUCUUCCUUUUUCCUGAAGCAGAUUUUGAUCAUCAGGGAAACUACAGCUGUACUUAUGAAGUUAAAGUGUCUUCACGUACCUUUACCUCCAUGACCACUGAACCCCUUUUUGUUGCUGUUAAAGAUGGUGCUAACAUACGACUCACUGGUGGCAAGGGCUCCUGCUCUGGUAGAGUGGAGAUCCUGCAUAUUGGUCAGUGGGGAACAGUGUGUGACGACGACUGGGACCUGAAUGAUGCAGAGGUGGUGUGUAGACAGAUUGGAUGUGGUAAAGCUGUCACUGCUCAUCAAAGUGCCCACUUUGGUCAGGGAAGUGGUGAAAUAUGGCUGGAUGAUGUUCAGUGUUCUGGAAGUGAAAGCACCAUCACACAGUGCUCUCACAGAGGAUUUGGAACACACAACUGUGGCCAUGGUGAAGAUGCUGGUGUUACUUGCUCAGUGAACUUGCAGCAGCCCAAUAUCUCCUUCAUUGCUGUUGAUGGAUCAUACCACUAUGGGCCUGAAAGACCAGAAAUGAUCAGGGGCUAUGGCUUCUCCAUCAUCUGCUCCACUGAACCUCAGUAUACAGGAGGUUCCUUCCACUUAAGGUUUAGUGGAUCCAACAUCACCAGAACUCAGUCAGCUCUUAACCACUCAGCUGUCUUCCUUUUUCCUGAAGCAGAUUUUGAUCAUCAGGGAAACUACAGCUGUACUUAUGAAGUUAAAGUGUCUUCACGUACCUUUACCUCCAUGACCACUGAACCCCUUUUUGUUGCUGUUAAAGAUGGUGCUAACAUACGACUCACUGGUGGCAAGGGCUCCUGCUCUGGUAGAGUGGAGAUCCUGCAUAUUGGUCAGUGGGGAACAGUGUGUGACGACGACUGGGACCUGAAUGAUGCAGAGGUGGUGUGUAGACAGAUUGGAUGUGGUAAAGCUGUCACUGCUCAUCAAAGUGCCCACUUUGGUAAGGGAAGUGGUCAAAUAUGGCUGGAUAAUGUUCAGUGUUCUGGAAGUGAAAGCACCAUCACACAGUGCUCUCACAGAGGAUUUGGAACACACAACUGUGGCCAUGGUGAAGAUGCUGGUGUUACUUGCUCAGUGAACUUGCAGCAGCCCAAUAUCUCCUUCAUUGCUGUUGAUGGAUCGUACCACUAUGGGCCUGAAAGACCAGAAAUGAUCAGGGGCUAUGGCUUCUCCAUCAUCUGCUCCACUGAACCUCAGUAUACAGGAGGUUCCUUCCACUUAAGGUUUAGUGGAUCCAACAUCACCAGAACUCAGUCAGCUGUUAACCACUCAGCUGUCUUCCUUUUUCCUGAAGCAGAUUUUGAUCAUCAGGGAAACUACAGCUGUACUUAUGAAGUUAAAGUGUCUUCACGUACCUUUACCUCCAUGACCACUGAACCCCUUUUUGUUGCUGUUAAAGAUGGUGCUAACAUACGACUCACUGGUGGCAAGGGCUCCUGCUCUGGUAGAGUGGAGAUCCUGCAUAUUGGUCAGUGGGGAACAGUGUGUGACGACGACUGGGACCUGAAUGAUGCAGAGGUGGUGUGUAGACAGAUUGGAUGUGGUAAAGCUGUCACUGCUCAUCAAAGUGCCCACUUUGGUAAGGGAAGUGGUCAAAUAUGGCUGGAUAAUGUUCAGUGUUCUGGAAGUGAAAGCACCAUCACACAGUGCUCUCACAGAGGAUUUGGAACACACAACUGUGGCCAUGGUGAAGAUGCUGGUGUUACUUGCUCAGUGAACUUGCAGCAGCCCAAUAUCUCCUUCAUUGCUGUUGAUGGAUCGUACCACUAUGGGCCUGAAAGACCAGAAAUGAUCAGGGGCUAUGGCUUCUCCAUCAUCUGCUCCACUGAACCUCAGUAUAUAGGAGGUUCCUUCCACUUAAGGUUUAGUGGAUCCAACAUCACCAGAACUCAGUCAGCUCUUAACCACUCAGCUGUCUUCCUUUUUCCUGAAGCAGAUUUUGAUCAUCAGGGAAACUACAGCUGUACUUAUGAAGUUAAAGUGUCUUCACGUACCUUUACCUCCAUGACCACUGAACCCCUUUUUGUUGCUGUUAAAGAUGGUGCUAACAUACGACUCACUGGUGGCAAGGGCUCCUGCUCUGGUAGAGUGGAGAUCCUGCAUAUUGGUCAGUGGGGAACAGUGUGUGACGACGACUGGGACCUGAAUGAUGCAGAGGUGGUGUGUAGACAGAUUGGAUGUGGUAAAGCUGUCACUGCUCAUCAAAGUGCCCACUUUGGUCAGGGAAGUGGUCAAAUAUGGCUGGAUAAUGUUCAGUGUUCUGGAAGUGAAAGCACCAUCACACAGUGCUCUCACAGAGGAUUUGGAACACACAACUGUGGCCAUGGUGAAGAUGCUGGUGUUACUUGCUCAGUGAACUUGCAGCAGCCCAAUAUCUCCUUCAUUGCUGUUGAUGGAUCGUACCACUAUGGGCCUGAAAGACCAGAAAUGAUCAGGGGCUAUGGCUUCUCCAUCAUCUGCUCCACUGAACCUCAGUAUACAGGAGGUUCCUUCCACUUAAGGUUUAGUGGAUCCAACAUCACCAGAACUCAGUCAGCUCUUAACCACUCAGCUGUGUUCCUUUUUCCUGAAGCAGAUUUUGAUCAUCAGGGAAACUACAGCUGUACUUAUGAAGUUAAAGUGUCUUCACGUACCUUUACCUCCAUGACCACUGAACCCCUUUUUGUUGCUGUUAAAGAUGGUGCUAACAUACGACUCACUGGUGGCAAGGGCUCCUGCUCUGGUAGAGUGGAGAUCCUGCAUAUUGGUCAGUGGGGAACAGUGUGUGACGACGACUGGGACCUGAAUGAUGCAGAGGUGGUGUGUAGACAGAUUGGAUGUGGUAAAGCUGUCACUGCUCAUCAAAGUGCCCACUUUGGUCAGGGAAGUGGUCAAAUAUGGCUGGAUGAUGUUCAGUGUUCUGGAAGUGAAAGCACCAUCACACAGUGCUCUCACAGAGGAUUUGGAACACACAACUGUGGCCAUGGUGAAGAUGCUGGUGUUACUUGCUCAGUGAACUUGCAGCAGCCCAAUAUCUCCUUCAUUGCUGUUGAUGGAUCGUACCACUAUGGGCCUGAAAGACCAGAAAUGAUCAGGGGCUAUGGCUUCUCCAUCAUCUGCUCCACUGAACCUCAGUAUACAGGAGGUUCCUUCCACUUAAGGUUUAGUGGAUCCAACAUCACCAGAACUCAGUCAGCUCUUAACCACUCAGCUGUGUUCCUUUUUCCUGAAGCAGAUUUUGAUCAUCAGGGAAACUACAGCUGUACUUAUGAAGUUAAAGUGUCUUCACGUACCUUUACCUCCAUGACCACUGAACCCCUUUUUGUUGCUGUUAAAGAUGGUGCUAACAUACGACUCACUGGUGGCAAGGGCUCCUGCUCUGGUAGAGUGGAGAUCCUGCAUAUUGGUCAGUGGGGAACAGUGUGUGACGACGACUGGGACCUGAAUGAUGCAGAGGUGGUGUGUAGACAGAUUGGAUGUGGUAAAGCUGUCACUGCUCAUCAAAGUGCCCACUUUGGUAAGGGAAGUGGUCAAAUAUGGCUGGAUGAUGUUCAGUGUUCUGGAAGUGAAAGCACCAUCACACAGUGCUCUCACAGAGGAUUUGGAACACACAACUGUGGCCAUGGUGAAGAUGCUGGUGUUACUUGCUCAGUGAACUUGCAGCAGCCCAAUAUCUCCUUCAUUGCUGUUGAUGGAUCGUACCACUAUGGGCCUGAAAGACCAGAAAUGAUCAGGGGCUAUGGCUUCUCCAUCAUCUGCUCCACUGAACCUCAGUAUACAGGAGGUUCCUUCCACUUAAGGUUUAGUGGAUCCAACAUCACCAGAACUCAGUCAGCUGUUAACCACUCAGCUGUCUUCCUUUUUCCUGAAGCAGAUUUUGAUCAUCAGGGAAACUACAGCUGUACUUACGAAGUUAAAGUGUCUUCACGUACCUUUACCUCCAUGACCACUGAACCCCUUUUUGUUGCUGUUAAAGAUGGUGCUAACAUUCGACUCACUGGUGGCAAUGACUCCUGCUCUGGUAGAGUGGAGAUCCUGUAUAAUGGUCAGUGGGGAACAGUGUGUGAUGACAGCUGGGACCUGAAUGAUGCAGAGGUGGUGUGUAGACAGAUUGGAUGUGGUAAAGCUGUCACUGCUCAUCAAAGUGCACACUUUGGUCAGGGAAGUGGCAAAAUAUGGCUGGAUAAUGUUCAGUGUUCUGGAAGUGAAAGCACCAUCACACAGUGCACUCACAGAGGAUUUGGAGUACACAACUGUUACCAUGGUGAAGAUGCUGGUGUUACUUGCUCAGUCCGAGAGAUCAGGCUGGUGAAUGGUCCGAGUAAAUGUUGUGGUCGAGUGGAGAUCCAGCACAGAGCCCAGUGGGGAACAGUGUGUGAUGAUAACUGGGACUUAAGGGAUGCAGAGGUGGUGUGUAGGCAGCUUGGAUGUGGUAAAGCCAUCAGCGCUCCUGGAAAGUCCCACUUUGGUCAGGGAAGUGAACCAACCUGGCUGGGUAAUGUUCAGUGUAAAGGAACCGAGAGCUACAUAGAUCAGUGUUCACACAGUACAUUUGGAGUAAAGAACUGUGGACAUGAUGAAGAUGCAGGUGUCGUUUGCUCAAACAUGCAGAGUCCAACACUGACUCGGAUCUCCCCAAACUCUGUGGUCUCACUUGGAGAAGUCCUUCAGUUCACAUGUACCACACCCAGUCCAUCAUGCAUCUCUGUAGACUUCAGUUUGUAUGAAACUGGGACAUUGAUAAAGACACAAACUGCAGAGACUACAACAACAUUUACUCUAACUGUAGAUGCCUCACAUCAGGGUCAGUACACCUGUGACUACUCAUACAGGGAAAGUAACUCUACUUCAUCCAGGAGCAACGCCAUUAACAUCACUGUGGUGAACUUGCAGCAGCCCGAUAUCUCCUUCAUUGUUGCUGAUGCAUGGUACCACUACGGGCCUGAAAGACCAGAAAUGAUCAGGGGCUAUGGCUUCUCCAUCAUCUGCUCCACUGAAACUCAGUAUCCUGAAGGUUCUUUCUAUUUGGGCUUCAGUGGAUCCAACAUCACCAGAACUCAGUCAGCUGUUAACCACUCAGCUGUCUUCCUUUUUCCUGAAGCAGACUUUGAUCAUCAGGGAAACUACAGCUGUACUUAUGAAGUUAAAGUGUCUUCACGUACCUUUACCUCCACUACCACAGAACCCCUUUUUGUUGCUGUUAAAGUCCGAGAGAUCAGGCUGGUGAAUGGUCCGAGUAAAUGUUGUGGUCGAGUGGAGAUCCAGCACAGAGCCCAGUGGGGAACAGUGUGUGAUGAUGACUGGGACUUAAGGGAUGCAGAGGUGGUGUGUAGGCAGCUUGGAUGUGGUAAAGCCAUCAGCGCUCCUGGAAAGUCCCACUUUGGUCAGGGAAGUGAACCAACCUGGCUGGGUAAUGUUCAGUGUAAAGGAACCGAGAGCUACAUAGAUCAGUGUUCACACAGUAGAUUUGGAGUAAAGAACUGUGGACAUGAUGAAGAUGCAGGUGUCGUUUGCUCAAACAUGCAGAGUGCAACACUGACUCGGAUCUCCCCAAACUCUGUGGUCUCACCUGGAGAAGUCCUGCAGUUCACAUGUACCACACCCAGUCCAUCAUGCAUCUCUGUAGACUUCAGUUUGUAUAAAACUGGGACAUUGAUAAAGAAACAAACUGCAGAGACUACAACAACAUUUACUCUGACUGUAGAUGCCUCACAUCAGGGUCAGUACACCUGUGACUACUCAUACAAGGAAAGUGUCUCUAUAUCAUCCAGGAGCAACUCCAUUACCAUCACUGUGGUAAACUUGCAGCAGCCCAAUAUCUCCUUCAUUGCUGCUGAUGCAUGGUACCACUACAGGCCCGAAGGACCAGAAAUGAUCAAGGGCUAUGGCUUUUCCAUCAUCUGCUCCACUAGACCUCAGUAUGCAGGAGGUUCCUUCCAUUUGGGCUUCAGUGAAUCCAACAUCACCAGAACUCAGUCAGCUGUUAACCACUCAGCUGUCUUCCUUUUUCCUGAAGCAGACUUUGAUCAUCAGGGAAACUACAGCUGUACUUAUGAAGUUAAAGUGUCUUCACGUACCUUUACCUCCAAUACCACAGAACCCCUUUUUGUUGCUGUUAAAGUCCAAGAGAUCAGGCUGGUGAAUGGUCCGAGUAAAUGUUGUGGUCGAGUGGAGAUCCAGCACAGAGCCCAGUGGGGAACAGUGUGUGAUGAUAACUGGGACUUAAGGGAUGCAGAGGUGGUGUGUAGGCAGCUUGGAUGUGGUAAAGCCAUCAGCGCUCCUGGAAAGUCCCACUUUGGUCAGGGAAGUGAACCAACCUGGCUGGGUAAUGUUCAGUGUAAAGGAACCGAGAGCUACAUAGAUCAGUGUUCACACAGUGUAUUUGGAGUAGAGAACUGUGGACAUGAUGAAGAUGCAGGUGUCGUUUGCUCAAACAUGCAGAGUCCAACACUGACUCGGAUCUCCCCAAACUCUGUGGUCUCACUUGGAGAAGUCCUUCAGUUCACAUGUACCACACCCAGUCCAUCAUGCAUCUCUCUAGACUUCAGUUUGUAUAAAACUGGGACAUUGAUAAAGACACAAACUGCAGAGACUACAACAACAUUUACUCUGACUGUAGAUGCCUCACAUCAGGGUCAGUACACCUGUGACUACUCAUACAGGGAAAGUAACUCUACUUCAUCCAGGAGCAACGCCAUUAACAUCACUGUGGUGAACUUGCAGCAGCCCGAUAUCUCCUUCAUUGUUGCUGAUGCAUGGUACCACUACGGGCCUGAAAGACCAGAAAUGAUCAGGGGCUAUGGCUUCUCCAUCAUCUGCUCCACUGAAACUCAGUAUCCUGAAGGUUCUUUCUAUUUGGGCUUCAGUAGAUCCAACAUCUCCAGAACUCAGUCAGCUGUUAACCACUCAGCUGUCUUCCUGUUUCCUGAAGCAGAUUUUGAUCAUCAGGGAAACUACAGCUGUACUUAUGAAGUUAAAGUGUCUUCACGUACCUUUACCUCCACUACCACAGAACCCCUUUUUGUUGCUGUUAAAGUCCGAGAGAUCAGGCUGGUGAAUGGUCCGAGUAAAUGUUGUGGUCGAGUGGAGAUCCAGCACAGAGCCCAGUGGGGAACAGUGUGUGAUGAUAACUGGGACUUAAGGGAUGCAGAGGUGGUGUGUAGGCAGCUUGGAUGUGGUAAAGCCAUCAGCGCUCCUGGAAAGUCCCACUUUGGUCAGGGAAGUGAACCAACCUGGCUGGGUAAUGUUCAGUGUAAAGGAACCGAGAGCUACAUAGAUCAGUGUUCACACAGUGUAUUUGGAGUAAAGAACUGUGGACAUGAUGAAGAUGCAGGUGUCGUUUGCUCAAACAUGCAGAGUGCAACACUGACUCGGAUCUCCCCAAACUCUGUGGUCUCACCUGGAGAAGUCCUUCAGUUCACAUGUACCACACCCAGUCCAUCAUGCAUCUCUGUAGACUUCAGUUUGUAUAAGACUGGGACAUUGAUAAAGAAACAAACUGCAGAGACUACAACAACAUUUACUCUGACUGUAGAUGCCUCACAUCAGGGUCAGUACACCUGUGCCUACUCAUACAGGGAAAGUGUCUCUACAUCAUCCAGGAGUAACUCCAUUACCAUCACUGUGGUAAACUUGCAGCAGCCCAAUAUCUCCUUCAUUGCUGCUGAUGCAUGGUACCACUACAGGCCCGAAGGACCAGAAAUGAUCAAGGGCUAUGGCUUUUCCAUCAUCUGCUCCACUAGACCUCAGUAUGCAGGAGGUUCCUUCCAUUUGGGGUUCAGAGGAUUCCACAUCACCAGAACUCAGUCAGCUGUUAACCACUCAGCUGUCUUCCUUUUUCCUGAAGCAGAUUUUGAUCAUCAGGGAAACUACAGCUGUACUUAUGAAGUUAAAGUGUCUUCACGUACCUUUACCUCCACUACCACAGAACCCCUUUUUGUUGCUGUUAAAGUCCGAGAGAUCAGGCUGGUGAAUGGUCCGAGUAAAUGUUGUGGUCGAGUGGAGAUCCAGCACAGAGCCCAGUGGGGAACAGUGUGUGAUGAUAACUGGGACUUAAGGGAUGCAGAGGUGGUGUGUAGGCAGCUUGGAUGUGGUAAAGCCAUCAGCGCUCCUCAAAAGUCCCACUUUGGUCAGGGAAGUGAACCAACCUGGCUGGGUAAUGUUCAGUGUAAAGGAACUGAGAGCUACAUAGAUCAGUGUUCACACAGUGUAUUUGGAGUAGAGAACUGUGGACAUGAUGAAGAUGCAGGUGUCGUUUGCUCAAACAUGCAGAGUCCAACACUGACUCGGAUCUCCCCAAACUCUGUGGUCUCACCUGGAGAAGUCCUUCAGUUCACAUGUACCACACCCAGUCCAUCAUGCAUCUCUGUAGACUUCAGUUUGUAUAAAACUGGGACAUUGAUAAAGACACAAACUGCAGAGACUACAACAACAUUUACUCUGACUGUAGAUGCCUCACAUCAGGGUCAGUACACCUGUGACUACUCAUACAGGGAAAGUAACUCUACUUCAUCCAGGAGCAACGCCAUUAACAUCACUGUGGUGAACUUGCAGCAGCCCGAUAUCUCCUUCAUUGUUGCUGAUGCAUGGUACCACUACGGGCCUGAAAGACCAGAAAUGAUCAGGGGCUAUGGCUUCUCCAUCAUCUGCUCCACUGAAACUCAGUAUCCUGAAGGUUCUUUCUAUUUGGGCUUCAGUGGAUCCAACAUCUCCAGAACUCAGUCAGCUGUUAACCACUCGGCUGUCUUCCUUUUUCCUGAAGCAGACUUUGAUCAUCAGGGAAACUACAGCUGUACUUAUGAAGUUAAAGUGUCUUCACGAACCUUUACCUCCACUACCACUGAACCCCUUUUUGUUGCUGUUAAAGUCCGAGAGAUCAGGCUGGUGAAUGGUCCGAGUAAAUGUUGUGGUCGAGUGGAGAUCCAGCACAGAGCCCAGUGGGGAACAGUGUGUGAUGAUAACUGGGACUUAAGGGAUGCAGAGGUGGUGUGUAGGCAGCUUGGAUGUGGUAAAGCCAUCAGCGCUCCUGGAAAGUCCCACUUUGGUCAGGGAAGUGAACCAACCUGGCUGGGUAAUGUUCAGUGUAAAGGAACCGAGAGCUACAUAGAUCAGUGUUCACACAGUAGAUUUGGAGUAAAGAACUGUGGACAUGAUGAAGAUGCAGGUGUCGUUUGCUCAAACAUGCAGAGUGCAACACUGACUCGCAUCUCCCCAAACUCUGUGGUCUCACCUGGAGAAGUCCUGCAGUUCACAUGUACCACACCCAGUCCAUCAUGCAUCUCUGUAGACUUCAGUUUGUAUAAAACUGGGACAUUGAUAAAGAAACAAACUGCAGAGACUACAACAACAUUUACUCUGACUGUAGAUGCCUCACAUCAGGGUCAGUACACCUGUGACUACUCAUACAGGGAAAGUGUCUCUAUAUCAUCCAGGAGCAAAUCCAUUACCAUCACUGUGGUAAACUUGCAGCAGCCCAAUAUCUCCUUCAUUGCUGCUGAUGCAUGGUACCACUACAGGCCCGAAGGACUAGAAAUGAUCAAGGGCUAUGGCUUUUCCAUCAUCUGCUCCACUAGACCUCAGUAUGCAGGAGGUUCCUUCCAUUUGGGGUUCAGGGGAUUCCACAUCACCAGAACUCAGUCAGCUGUUAACCACUCAGCUGUCUUCCUUUUUCCUGAAGCAGAUUUUGAUCAUCAGGGAAACUACAGCUGUACUUAUGAAGUUAAAGUGUCUUCACGUACCUUUACCUCCACUACCACAGAACCCCUUUUUGUUGCUGUUAAAGUCCGAGAGAUCAGGCUGGUGAAUGGUCCGAGUAAAUGUUGUGGUCGAGUGGAGAUCCAGCACAGAGCCCAGUGGGGAACAGUGUGUGAUGAUAACUGGGACUUAAGGGAUGCAGAGGUGGUGUGUAGGCAGCUUGGAUGUGGUAAAGCCAUCAGCGCUCCUGGAAAGUCCCACUUUGGUCAGGGAAGUGAACCAACCUGGCUGGGUAAUGUUCAGUGUAAAGGAACCGAGAGCUACAUAGAUCAGUGUUCACACAGUGUAUUUGGAGUAGAGAACUGUGGACAUGAUGAAGAUGCAGGUGUCGUUUGCUCAAACAUGCAGAGUCCAACACUGACUCGGAUCUCCCCAAACUCUGUGGUCUCACUUGGAGAAGUCCUUCAGUUCACAUGUACCACACCCAGUCCAUCAUGCAUCUCUCUAGACUUCAGUUUGUAUAAAACUGGGACAUUGAUAAAGACACAAACUGCAGAGACUACAACAACAUUUACUCUGACUGUAGAUGCCUCACAUCAGGGUCAGUACACCUGUGACUACUCAUACAGGGAAAGUAACUCUACUUCAUCCAGGAGCAACGCCAUUAACAUCACUGUGGUGAACUUGCAGCAGCCCGAUAUCUCCUUCAUUGUUGCUGAUGCAUGGUACCACUACGGGCCUGAAAGACCAGAAAUGAUCAGGGGCUAUGGCUUCUCCAUCAUCUGCUCCACUGAAACUCAGUAUCCUGAAGGUUCUUUCUAUUUGGGCUUCAGUGGAUCCAACAUCUCCAGAACUCAGUCAGCUGUUAACCACUCAGCUGUCUUCCUGUUUCCUGAAGCAGAUUUUGAUCAUCAGGGAAACUACAGCUGUACUUAUGAAGUUAAAGUGUCUUCACGUACCUUUACCUCCACUACCACAGAACCCCUUUUUGUUGCUGUUAAAGUCCGAGAGAUCAGGCUGGUGAAUGGUCCGAGUAAAUGUUGUGGUCGAGUGCAGAUCCAGCACAGAGCCCAGUGGGGAACAGUGUGUGAUGAUAACUGGGACUUAAGGGAUGCAGAGGUGGUGUGUAGGCAGCUUGGAUGUGGUAAAGCCAUCAGCGCUCCUGGAAAGUCCCACUUUGGUCAGGGAAGUGAACCAACCUGGCUGGGUAAUGUUCAGUGUAAAGGAACCGAGAGCUACAUAGAUCAGUGUUCACACAGUAGAUUUGGAGUAAAGAACUGUGGACAUGAUGAAGAUGCAGGUGUCGUUUGCUCAAACAUGCAGAGUGCAACACUGACUCGCAUCUCCCCAAACUCUGUGGUCUCACCUGGAGAAGUCCUGCAGUUCACAUGUACCACACCCAGUCCAUCAUGCAUCUCUGUAGACUUCAGUUUGUAUAAAUCUGGGACAUUGAUAAAGAAACAAACUGCAGAGACUACAACAACAUUUACUCUGACUGUAGAUGCCUCACAUCAGGGUCAGUACACCUGUGACUACUCAUACAGGGAAAGUGUCUCUAUAUCAUCCAGGAGCAACUCCAUUACCAUCACUGUGGUAAACUUGCAGCAGCCCAAUAUCUCCUUCAUUGCUGCUGAUGCAUGGUACCACUACAGGCCUGAAGGACCAGAAAUGAUCAAGGGCUAUGGCUUUUCCAUCAUCUGCUCCACUAGACCUCAGUAUGCAGGAGGUUCCUUCCAUUUGGGGUUCAGAGGAUUCCACAUCACCAGAACUCAGUCAGCUGUUAACCACUCAGCUGUCUUCCUUUUUCCUGAAGCAGAUUUUGAUCAUCAGGGAAACUACAGCUGUACUUAUGAAGUUAAAGUGUCUUCACGUACCUUUACCUCCACUACCACAGAACCCCUUUUUGUUGCUGUUAAAGUCCGAGAGAUCAGGCUGGUGAAUGGUCCGAGUAAAUGUUGUGGUCGAGUGGAGAUCCAGCACAGAGCCCAGUGGGGAACAGUGUGUGAUGAUAACUGGGACUUAAGGGAUGCAGAGGUGGUGUGUAGGCAGCUUGGAUGUGGUAAAGCCAUCAGCGCUCCUCAAAAGUCCCACUUUGGUCAGGGAAGUGAACCAACCUGGCUGGGUAAUGUUCAGUGUAAAGGAACUGAGAGCUACAUAGAUCAGUGUUCACACAGUGUAUUUGGAGUAGAGAACUGUGGACAUGAUGAAGAUGCAGGUGUCGUUUGCUCAAACAUGCAGAGUCCAACACUGACUCGGAUCUCCCCAAACUCUGUGGUCUCACCUGGAGAAGUCCUUCAGUUCACAUGUACCACACCCAGUCCAUCAUGCAUCUCUGUAGACUUCAGUUUGUAUAAAACUGGGACAUUGAUAAAGACACAAACUGCAGAGACUACAACAACAUUUACUCUGACUGUAGAUGCCUCACAUCAGGGUCAGUACACCUGUGACUACUCAUACAGGGAAAGUAACUCUACUUCAUCCAGGAGCAACGCCAUUAACAUCACUGUGGUGAACCUGCAGCAGCCCGAUAUCUCCUUCAUUGUUGCUGAUGCAUGGUACCACUACGGGCCUGAAAGACCAGAAAUGAUCAGGGGCUAUGGCUUCUCCAUCAUCUGCUCCACUGAAACUCAGUAUCCUGAAGGUUCUUUCUAUUUGGGCUUCAGUGGAUCCAACAUCUCCAGAACUCAGUCAGCUGUUAACCACUCAGCUGUCUUCCUUUUUCCUGAAGCAGAUUUUGAUCAUCAGGGAAACUACAGCUGUACUUAUGAAGUUAAAGUGUCUUCACGUACCUUUACCUCAACUACCACUGAACCCCUUUUUGUUGCUGUUAAAGUCCGAGAGAUCAGGCUGGUGAACGGUCCGAGUAAAUGUUGUGGUCGAGUGGAGAUCCAGCACAGAGCCCAGUGGGGAACAGUGUGUGAUGAUGACUGGGACUUAAGGGAUGCAGAGGUGGUGUGUAGGCAGCUUGGAUGUGGUAAAGCCAUCAGCGCUCCUGGAAAGUCCCACUUUGGUCAGGGAAGUGAACCAACCUGGCUGGGUAAUGUUCAGUGUAAAGGAACUGAGAGGUACAUAGAUCAGUGUUCACACAGUGGAUUUGGAGUAGAGAACUGUGGACAUGAUGAAGAUGCAGGUGUCGUUUGCUCAAACAUGCAGAGUCCAACACUGACUCGGAUCUCCCCAAACUCUGUGGUCUCACCUGGAGAAGUCCUGCAGUUCACAUGUACCACACCCAGUCCAUCAUGCAUCUCUGUAGACUUCAGUUUGUAUGAAACUGGGACAUUGAUAAAGACACAAACUGCAGAGACUACAACAACAUUUACUCUGACUGUAGAUGCCUCACAUCAGGGUCAGUACACCUGUGACUACUCAUACAGGGAAAGUAACUCUACUUCAUCCAGGAGCAACGCCAUUAACAUCACUGUGGUGAACUUGCAGCAGCCCGAUAUCUCCUUCAUUGUUGCUGAUGCAUGGUACCACUACGGGCCUGAAAGACCAGAAAUGAUCAGGGGCUAUGGCUUCUCCAUCAUCUGCUCCACUGAAACUCAGUAUCCUGAAGGUUCUUUCUAUUUGGGCUUCAGUGGAUCCAACAUCUCCAGAACUCAGUCAGCUGUUAACCACUCAGCUGUCUUCCUUUUUCCUGAAGCAGACUUUGAUCAUCAGGGAAACUACAGCUGUACUUAUGAAGUUAAAGUGUCUUCACGUACCUUUACCUCCACUACCACUGAACCCCUUUUUGUUGCUGUUAAAGUCCGAGAGAUCAGGCUGGUGAAUGGUCCGAGUAAAUGUUGUGGUCGAGUGGAGAUCCAGCACAGAGCCCAGUGGGGAACAGUGUGUGAUGAUAACUGGGACUUAAGGGAUGCAGAGGUGGUGUGUAGGCAGCUUGGAUGUGGUAAAGCCAUCAGCGCUCCUGGAAAGUCCCACUUUGGUCAGGGAAGUGAACCAACCUGGCUGGGUAAUGUUCAGUGUAAAGGAACCGAGAGCUACAUAGAUCAGUGUUCACACAGUAGAUUUGGAGUAAAGAACUGUGGACAUGAUGAAGAUGCAGGUGUUGUUUGCUCAAACAUGCAGAGUGCAACACUGACUCGCAUCUCCCCAAACUCUGUGGUCUCACCUGGAGAAGUCCUGCAGUUCACAUGUACCACACCCAGUCCAUCAUGCAUCUCUGUAGACUUCAGUUUGUAUAAAACUGGGACAUUGAUAAAGAAACAAACUGCAGAGACUACAACAACAUUUACUCUGACUGUAGAUGCCUCACAUCAGGGUCAGUACACCUGUGACUACUCAUACAGGGAAAGUGUCUCUAUAUCAUCCAGGAGCAAAUCCAUUACCAUCACUGUGGUAAACUUGCAGCAGCCCAAUAUCUCCUUCAUUGCUGCUGAUGCAUGGUACCACUACAGGCCCGAAGGACCAGAAAUGAUCAAGGGCUAUGGCUUUUCCAUCAUCUGCUCCACUAGACCUCAGUAUGCAGGAGGUUCCUUCCAUUUGGGGUUCAGAGGAUUCCACAUCACCAGAACUCAGUCAGCUGUUAACCACUCAGCUGUCUUCCUUUUUCCUGAAGCAGAUUUUGAUCAUCAGGGAAAGUACAGCUGUACUUAUGAAGUUAAAGUGUCUUCACGUACCUUUACCUCCACUACCACAGAACCCCUUUUUGUUGCUGUUAAAGUCCGAGAGAUCAGGCUGGUGAAUGGUCCGAGUAAAUGUUGUGGUCGAGUGGAGAUCCAGCACAGAGCCCAGUGGGGAACAGUGUGUGAUGAUGACUGGGACUUAAGGGAUGCAGAGGUGGUGUGUAGGCAGCUUGGAUGUGGUAAAGCCAUCAGCGCUCCUGGAAAGUCCCACUUUGGUCAGGGAAGUGAACCAACCUGGCUGGGAAAUGUUCAGUGUAAAGGAACCGAGAGCUACAUAGAUCAGUGUUCACACAGUGUAUUUGGAGUAGAGAACUGUGGACAUGAUGAAGAUGCAGGUGUCGUUUGCUCAAACAUGCAGAGUCCAACACUGACUCGGAUCUCCCCAAACUCUGUGGUCUCACUUGGAGAAGUCCUUCAGUUCACAUGUACCACACCCAGUCCAUCAUGCAUCUCUGUAGACUUCAGUUUGUAUGAAACUGGGACAUUGAUAAAGACACAAACUGCAGAGACUACAACAACAUUUACUCUGACUGUAGAUGCCUCACAUCAGGGUCAGUACACCUGUGACUACUCAUACAGGGAAAGUAACUCUACUUCAUCCAGGAGCAACGCCAUUAACAUCACUGUGGUGAACUUGCAGCAGCCCAAUAUCUCCUUCAUUGCUGCUGAUGGAUGGUACCACUAUGGGCCUGAAAGACCAGAAAUGAUCAGGGGCUAUGGCUUCUCCAUCAUCUGCUCCACAGAACCUCAGUAUCCUGAAGGUUCUUUCUAUUUGGGCUUCAGUGAAUCCAACAUCUCCAGAACUCAGUCAGCUGUUAACCACUCGGCUGUCUUCCUUUUUCAUGAAGCAGAUUUUGAUCAUCAGGGAAACUACAGCUGUACUUAUGAAGUUAAAGUGUCUUCACGUACCUUUACCUCCACUUCCACUGAACCUCUUUUUGUUGCUGUUAAAGCAUCAAUGAUGCCAUACAUUGGUAUGGGAGUAACAGCAGGACUGCUUCUCAUCUUAGUUCCAGUCAUCAUUUGCUUUGUGAAGACACAGAAAAGAUCGAAAUUUCAGAGUGACACAAAGAGUGAUUCAGAGCGUGCUAAAAACACAUAUGAGUGUCACCAAGCAGAGAAUGAGAAAGAUGACGAAGGUGUUUAUAAAAACAUAGAAACCAUUUUCUACCAGAAAGAUGAUUCAGAGGUUUCGGAUAACAUCUACCUUGAUUUCGAGGCUGCUGAACAAAGUGAUGCAGAUGAUGACUAUAUUAAUGUUAAUGAUGAGAAACAAAGUAAUAACCUGGGCAAUGACUAUGAGGAUAUAGAAAUUUAUGCAAACUGUGCAGAGUAAUGUGGAAAACUAAAUGAUUAUCCAAAACCCCAUUUGUUUUCUAUAAAGUGGUGCAGGUACAGGUGCAAGUGCAGGUAGCAAACAAAACAGGGAUAUAAUCCAAGGGCAAAUUCAAGAUUCAGUCAAUGGUCUGGCAACGAACAAAUCAUAUUCACCAGAAAUUACACCAAAGUGCCAAAUAACAAGGUACUGAGUUCUUACCCAGAUGCUGUAUUACAUGCAAAAAGGUGCUGCAUCAAUGUAUUAGUUAAGGGGUGUGUACAUUUAUGCAAACAGGUUAUUAUAAAUUUACUCUUAUUCUUUUGUUUUUGUAAAACAUUUCUAUUUGUUUCUCACUUGACUUGUGUUAGUUACAAUAUCACGUAAAAGGAGGAAAAGAUGUGACGAGUUAUCUUGUUUUGAAUAUCUUGUUUCAUCACUAACACCUUUAACUGUAACAGAAGUGUUUAGACUUUUUAUAUCUACUAUAUUAGGACCAUAUGGUCAGUGGCUCCAUCAUCAUGUAUACCAAUAUCUCUGCUCUUCUGACAGGUUGAAGUUGUUGCUUCUGUAUGUAACACACUCAAUGUUUUCAUUUUAAUGUUCAUGCACGGACUGUGUUGUACAGGUAAUGUUUGGAACUUGGUAUACACGAAUGUAUAUUUGUUAACAUGUCCUCGUCUUCUAAAAACUUUUAUUCAGUAAAAGGUUUAUAUUGGAAUGAUGGACUGCAUAGGUUGGGCCAAUCCCAAGUGGGUAUAUUAGUUGAAGUUUACGGGUGCGGGAACAAGAAGACACGUGAAAAGAGCGGGAAAGAUUGAAGGGUGUGAUAUGUCUGAGAGAGAUGUCAUUUAUGAGUUUAAGAGUUUAAGUAUUCACUGACUGUUUCCUGAGAAUUGUGUUAAGGAACAGACUGUGUGACGCGUUAGUGGACAACUUGUUUUAUUAUUUUUAUUAUUUACUUUAGCUACACGGAUGCUAAUCGCUAUGAUAAUAUGUUAAUGUUAGCGUGAUCGACGGAUAUUCUAUGAAGUCUUUUUCCCCCUUCAUGAAUACUGAGAUAAACUACUUUUUAAGGUGCGAGAUA